AUGUCACAAUUCUGUGGUUGUAUAAGUUCCUCCAAGCCCGAGCCUCGGACCCAGGUACCAGCUCAUUCAGAAGCUGGGUUCAUGUCUAGGCCGGAAUUGCAAAUGCAAAUGCACCAUCAUCAACCGCCACAUUACGACUUAGUCGACAACGGCUAUGCUCCAGUUGUCCCAUUACCGCGCUACACUCCGCGUCCCAUGAGCAUUCAUGAGAAGACUCUCGAGAAUAACAGUAACUUUCAACGGACCCAUGAUCAGCAACAGCAUAGACCAGAUGAGAAAAACAGGCAAGAUUUUGAACCGGAGGAAACUCUCCAAUCACAAAGCACAGGCGGAAGCAGCAGCGCAACUGUAACUCCAGCAAUAGUGGACGACGCAUCAUCCGCAUACUCAUUUCCAAGCAGUUUUGGACAUACAUCUACUGAGACAAGGGAUACACCACCACCGCCGUAUUCAUCCUGCGCAUCAUCGUUCUAUUCACGCUCAAGAGCGUCAUCGUUGAGAAGUCAUCGGCGAAGUGGGAGUUUGUCUAAUUAUUCAUUGAAUGAGAAUCAGGUGCAGCAGGGUGCAUCGGAAGCUGCGCCGUCUGCUGCUUAUACAGUACCAUCUGCUCCUCCUGCUGCUAUAAUUGCGUCCCCACCAAUGGCGCAUGUGCAUAUGUCUCAUCGUCAACAUCAUCACCAUCAUGUCCACCAUCCUCAUCCUCAUGAUCAAUAUCCGCGAUCAAUCAACACCAACUCGGCGUUCACUAUCCUCUCGCCGAUCAAUUCCACACUCCCACACCUCGACUCACCGCCGAUUAUCAUGGGAGAGUCGGUAAUCUACGCACUCCUUGCUCUCUGA